AAUCAAUUUGGUUAGCACUUAGCAGGAAGGGUUAAAAGAUAACGGUCCCAAAUAGUCAAAUUGAUGAAUUUGAUGACCUUUUAUUUAGAUGUGCACCACUGAGAUGUAAGAUUGUUCAGGUUGGUGGAGAAGUGCAUGUCCGCAGAGGAAAACAUGACCAUUAAGAUCCACUUGCAACAGGUGCCCGGGUUGCUACCUUCACUAGGGAAACAUAAUGAGUAACAGACGACAGACAUGGCGUGUUGCUUCUGCUCUUUUCGACGAAUGAAAACGACAUUUCUACUUUUGAAUACAAUACUCUGGUUUGCUGGGCCAGCCUUACUUGGGGUUUCCAUCUGGCAGUACAUCAAAUUAAUGUCCUACGAUCCCGUUUUAGAAAUCUCUAAAUUUGAAAUCCCAGUCAUCAUCUACAUAACAGCUGGUAUCGCCUCUACGUUUAACGGGAUUAUUGGAUGUGUUGGAGGGGUCAACGGGCGAAAGGGAGCUAUAUUACUGUUUCUGUUUUUCAUCGUGGUGAUUUUUGGCGCAGAGGUGUAUGCCAGCGUGGAAUUGUUUAGAUUUUACGAUGAGGUACCAGGGUAUAUCCAUGGAAGGGUAGUGAAGUUUACUCAUGAUUAUUACUUCCAUUCUGCAAGUCAAAAACAGCUUGACAAUUUACAGCUUGAGAUGCAGUGCUGUGGAAGCACUAAUACUACAAAUUGGGUCGAUGGAAAAAUACCACAUACCUGUUUUCAAAAAUCCAUCACAAAUAAUUAUACGCAUGAUACAAUUCAUAAUCAAGAGUGCAGCGAGGUGUUGGAGGAAUGGACCAAAGAAAAUCUCCUUAUCAUUGGUUGGGGAGGAUUUUCGUUUUCCGUCGUUCAAGUUUUUGGGAUAGUCCUGUCAUCUUGUUUUUACUACACAUUACGCAAUGAAUUUGGAUGACAGCAGAAACGGAUAUGACGACACAACUCGAGACGCUAUCAGCUAAUACACUUGGAAUCUCAAACUCAUAUGUUUUCACGAAUACAAACAUUUAUUAAAGAGGAACGUAGUGAAAUUCAGUAGAUAAACCCGAAUUAAUUAUCUCGGUAUGAUGAUACGUGUACAUGUACAUGAUGCAUCUACAUGAUUGUAUAUAGUGAGCUAAUGAACAUGUACUAUAAAGGGAGCAAAUAUUGCUGUUCUCAUUGUGAUGUACAUAAUCAUACAUGGUUUCAAUUGAACUAGAGGAAGAUAUAAGUUUAAUGAAAAUACGAAAAGAACACUAGAAUGGUACGAUUAGUAAUUUUUUAUACAUUGAACGGUUAAAUAACAUACUUCAUAUGAAUGUUACAACUAUGUGAUAUAGAUUAACAGCGAGAUAUUUGUACAUACAUGUUUUAACUUGUGCUGAAACUACUAUGAUAUAAUGCCAUGUUCAAUAUGUCGCAUACUUUCGUUAAUAAAAACUUAACAAUGUCUUGAA